AUGAAGGUGCGGAAGCACGGGGGGUCGCUGGACGAGGAGAAGCUAUUCGAAAAUGUGAGCAAAGAUGAUUCGGGUAUGAUAAAAAAGUUCACGCUGGGAGUGUGUGCCAUGGAAAGUAAGGUGGAGAGCGCACCAAUGGAAUGUAUUUUGAAAAGGUUAGCCAAAAGUGGAGAUUUCAAUAUUAUCAAAUUUAAAGGAGAUAUGAUAUUAAAUCAUGACAUAGAUUCAUGGCCAAUAGUGGAUUGUCUGAUAGCAUUUUACUCCACAGGAUUCCCUCUCAAUAAAGCCAUCGAGUAUGUAAAGAAAUACAAACCAAUAACAUUAAAUAAUCUAAGUAAACAAUUAAUUUUAAGGUCAAGAUUACAGAUAUAUGAAGAAUUAAAAAAAUGCAAAGUACCUCAUGCCAAUUAUGUAGUUGUAGAUCAUGAUGCUGUGAAAAGAGGAGAACAUGCAUUUGAAGAAUACUACGACUAUAUUGUGUAUAAUAACAUACGACUUAAUAAACCAUUUAUAGAAAAACCAAUCAAUGCAGAUAAUCACAAUAACUGGAUUUAUUAUCCAAAGAAUACAGGUGGAGGAUGUAAAAAACUGUUUCGUAAGGUUAAAGAUAGGAGUAGUGAAUACUGUCCUGAUAUACAUAAGGUUAGAAAUAAUGAAGCAGAAAAAAUUAUUGCUUAUCGAAUUGUGGAGGCAUUUCAACAAACUGUUUGUGGAUUUGAUAUUUUGAGAACUACCAUGGGACCCUUUGUAUGUGAUGUUAAUGGAUGGUCUUUUGUAAAAGGUAACAUAAAAUAUUACAAUGAUUGUGCACAUAUCUUAAGAGCUAUGUUUCUUGCAAAGUUGGAAGAAAAAUACAAUAUCAUUCCAAGAGACUUAGCUGAUAAUUGGUAUAAUAUAGAAAAUGAAGAAGAAGUGUUGAGGAAAACCUUUAGGCAACCGGAUGACCUACAUUGUUCUCACCAUGAAGAGUUAUGUUCUGUCAUUAUUGUUAUGCGUCAUGGUGAUAGGAAGCCAAAACAGAAAAUGAAAUUCCUCACAGAUCGUCCUCUCCUUUUGGAUUAUUUCAAUUGUGAGGAGAAUUUAUACAACGUUAUUGAGAAUAAGCUGUCUCCAGAAGAUCAACAGAAGGCUAGUCACAUCGGUUUGAAUAACAGCAAUAAUAACUUAAGUGUGAGGUGCGUGCCCUCCGAUCGGGUGGACUCCUCCAUGUUCCAGUACGACGCCUCGGCCAAGGCUCCCUCUACACUCAGUAAAAUAUCCUUCAUUUCGCAGAAGAGCGGCGAGGUGGUGGGCGCCUCGGGCGCGGAGCCGGAGCCGUCCGCGGCGGACACGAACGAUGCCGCCAACGUUGCGAAUGCUGCGAAUGCUGUGAACGCCGCUAACGUUGAGAACGCCGCUAACGUUGAGAACGCCGCUAACGUUGAGAACGCCGCCAACAUCGCUAACGCCGCCAACAACGCUAACGCCGCCAACAUCGCUAACGGCGCGGCCCCAGACGAGGAGGAGCUCCGAGACAGCCUCUACAAGGAGUACACGAAGAAGGAAAUAAAGUUCAAGUCGCCGGAGGAGCUGCAGGACCUCUUCCUGCGGAACAACAUCAUCCUGGGCGACAUCGAGAAGGAGUACAAGGCGCUCAAGGCGGAGGCGGAGGCGAGGAGAGCCGAGCAGGCGGUGAGGAGUGACGCCGUGGGAGGAAGUGAUAGGGUGGGAAGAAGUGACGCGGUGGGAGGAAGUGAUUGGGAGGCCUCUCUUAAGCGUGAAGAAGACCCUCCCAAAAGUGACGCUAAUACUCCUAAAGGAGACGCAGAUGCUGCUAAAGGUGACGCGGCUGCCUCUACCCGUGACGCGAAUACUCCUAAAGGUGACGCGGCUGCCUCUACCCGUGACGCGGCCCGCCCGCACGCCGCGAUGACGCAGGAAGAGCUGGAGGCCAAGCUCAGCGAAUACGAAAUCACGAUCGAAAACCACAAGACACUGCAGAAGGUGCUCGAAAGGGGAGAUGGAUUCACAGGCAUAAACAGAAAAAUACAACUCAAGCCGGUGGAAUUCGUCGUUGUGGAUGAAAAAAUCGUUGUGACCAAAAUUUUGACAGUGGCAAAAUGGGGAGGAGAGCUAACUAGAAUGGGAAGAAGACAGUCCGAAAAUUUAGGAAAGAGAUUUAGAGCAACACUCUACCCAGGAGACUCAGACGGAUUAUUACGAUUGCAUUCAACAUUUAGACAUGAUUUUAAAAUAUUUACCUCAGAUGAAGGGAGGUGUCAAAUAACAUCUGCUGCUUUUACGAAGGGGUUUUUAGAUCUCGAUGGAGAGUUGACUCCUAUCCUAGUGGCUAUGGUGAUUAGAAAUUCCAAAGCACAUAGUCUUUUAGAUGAUAAUAGACCUAGUCUAAAUAGAACCCAAUGUAAACAGUACAUAGAUAACGUACUUAAUGAGGACAAGGAUAUAGAUGAGGAGUUAUUGAAAAAACUGACAUCUGGGAAACAAGCUAGAGGAUUACGUGAAUCUUUGAGAAAAAUUUCCAACUUUUUUCAACUGAUGGAAAAAAUUAGGAAAACUAUUUAUGAUUUUUUAAAAGGAUUAAAUCAGGAAGUACAGAAAUGGCUAAAUCUAUUUCCGUAUGAUGAGUAUGCUCUGUAUGUAAUUGACAUUUUACACGAAAUACAAGUCAGGUGGAAAUCACUUACCAAAAUGUGGUAUAAAAAAAAUAAGAAUAAUUAUGAUACGUCUAAAAUACCAGAUAUUGUAGAUAAUAUCAGAUUUGAUCUCAUUCAUCAUCAUUCCUACUUGGGAUGUGGAUUAGAUAAAGCUUUCGAGAUUUACAAUCAAAUAGAACCGCUAGCCAAUUUUAUUUCCCAAGCAGAGUAUGGAAUCACUCCUGAGGAAAAAGUUAAAAUAGGAGUUAACAUUGUUGGGAAGUUACUUCGCAAACUAAUCCAUGACGUUACAUUCUACAGAGAUGAAGAAGUCCGGAAUAAAAGAAACAACAAAGGUUACUUUGAUUUAAAAAAUGCUCUCAAUAUUUCAUACAUCAACUCGUUUAACAUAUCGAAGACUGACAAGAAUGGACACCCAACAAGUGAAAAAAACUCACAACAACAGCUUCUGGAAAAUGCGAAAGUAGAUGCACAACAUGCCAAUUGGCUAGACAAGGAGAUACAAAAGGACACACCCAAAUUGUUUAGCAUGUCCAAGUAUGACUCAAGGCAAAUUUUCAUUGACAAACGUAUGCAGAAGUCUGGGGACCAGCUCGUCACCGCCACCAUCAAGACGGACCCCUCUGCUCGCAAGGCAGGGCCGCCAGUGUGCAACGAGUCUACCUCCAGUUCGGUAGCAGCCAACUCGGCAGCCGCGGCAGUCGCGGCAAACGCAGGAACCGCGGCAAACGCAGGAACUGCGGCCAACUCGGCAGUCGCGGCAACCGCGGCAACCGCGACCAACGCGGCCUACUCCAGUGGGGCCUACUCCAGCGGGGCCUACUCCAGCGGGGCCUACUCCAGCGGGGCCUACUCUAGUGGAGCUUACUCUAGUGAGGUCUUCUCAAGCGCACCCUUUUCUUGCGGCACCUCCUCCAGUGGAAGGCCUUCUCUGAGCGAGCCACCGGUGAAGAAAUCCAUAUACAGCGAACUCAACCAGAAGGGUGGAAAACUCGGAAGGGAGGCGCAAGUUGGAGGUUUCCCGGCGGGGGGCCCUUCACCCGAAGUGGGCAAGAAUGCAACAGGUGCGGAGUCGAAAAUAGGCGCGGAGUCAAACGGGCAGGAUAAGGGUGCGGGGGGCCCCAUUGGCCUGAAUGGCGGGCUCACCAAUUUGAGUGGCAGUGGCCUCCUUGAGCGCUCCAAGCACAGCAAGGGGGAGAGGCCAGAGGAAGGAGACAUCCGUCAGAGGGACGAGUUGGAGGGGGGCAUCCGGACGCCGGACAGGAGUCCCACGAAAGGUGCGUCUGGAGUGACGGCGGGUGAUCCACAGGGUGGUUGGACCCCCAACGGGGGAGGCACUGUUGGUAGCACGGUUGGUAGUAAUGCUGGCAGUAAUGUUGGCAGUAAUGCUGGCAGUAACGUUGGCAGUAAUGUUGGCAGUAAUGUUGGCAGUAAUGCUGGCAGUAAUGUUGGCAGUAAUGCUGGUAGUAAUGCUGGCAGUAGCGUCGUAGGCAUGGUUGGCAGUAGCGCCGUAGGCAUGGCUGGCUGCGCCAGUGGCAACUCUGCUGGUGUCAGCUCAAACGAGAAGAACCCCUUCAAAGCGGCGGGGGGAGGCGUCACGUACAACAUCAACGCGAAGGAUCUGUACGCGCCAAAGCUGAUCAAUAAGAAGGAGGCCCUAGUGAUCAACUCAUCGGAUCUGUGGGCACACCAGAAUAAGUACAGAAAGGAAAACAACGAGAAGCAAAAAAUGAAAAAAUUAAAAAACGCAAAGGAGGGUGAACUGAAUUUGAAGAGAGAGGACAACGGCGAAGUGGCUAGUGAGUAUAGGGGAUUAGAUAAAAAGGGGGGUGGAUGGAUGAAAGGUGCAGGAGGCAUUAGUGGAAGUGGCAGCGACACGCCCGCGAAGGAGUUCCGUGGGAAGGUAACCACCAGGUUGGAUGGACAGCAGAGUGAGGAGGAAAAAGGAAGGAGUGGCACAGCAGGGAGGGGCGCUUCUCGAAAUGGCGCUUCCCUGAAUGGCCAUGAAUGCACACAACAGGCGGACAAAGAAGGAAUAACAAACGAGCAGGGUGGUAACAAUACGGAACAGAGGAAGGAAGUGGAGAAAACGGAUCAGGAGUACCAAAUGGAGGAGGCAGAUCGACAGGUGGGUGACGAGAAGGAGGAGAGGGAGGAGGGCGAGGAGAUGGAGAAGAGACUGUCCAAGGAGAUGGAAAAGAGACUGUCCAAGGAGAUGGAAAAGAGACUGUCCAAGGAGAUGGAAAAGAAACCGUCGAAGGAAAAAAUAUCGGAGGAGAUGAUGAAGGAGAAAAUAUCGGAGGAAAUGCCGAAGGAGGAAGAAGAAAAUGAAGGAGAGGAUGACGAAGGAGAGGAAGAACACGAGCAUGACGAUGACGAAGAUAUAAUAAGACUUAAAGAAACGGAUGCAAGGAGGUUAGGAAUUCGAUCUCCUUGGAGGAUGGUUAGGUCUAGAUAUUACGUCACGUCAGCUUCACACAUGAUUUCACUAUUGAGUAUCCUGAUCCAUGCCAAGAAUAUAGAUAGCUCGACUGGACAGAAUAUAAUCGAUAAUGAUUCCAUUAAAAGCGUGGAGGAUGUCACUGACUUACAUUAUCUAUCACACUUGGUUUUUAGAGUUUGGGAAAGAAAACAUCUAAAACGAAAUGACAGCAACAGGUUCAGAAUCGAAAUUUUGUUCAGCUCUGGUGCGAAAGAUGGGUUCGGACAGAACUAUGAACUGCUGGAGAAAGACGCUAAGGCGCAGCAGCAGAAGUAUGAGAGGCACUUUAGCAAAUACGUGGAUGACAGCAAGAGAGGCGCAGGGGGGGGGGAGGUGAACCCCUCCAUCCAGGUAAGCCGUGCAAACUCUGGCGUGAGCAAGGGGGGGAAGAAGCCGUCCAGGGAAACGCCGCCCGGGGAAACGACGCCAAGAGAAGCGCCACCUGGAGAAGCGUCCCCCUCGGAGAAGUCCCUUCUGGAGAAGCCCCUUCUGGAGAAGCCUAGCACAGCGAGCAAUGAUCACGGCGCGUCCGCUUCGGACAUGGUGGGGUCGAACAACUCCCUCUCACAGGAGGUACCCCGGGGGCAGGAAGAAAAAGCGAAAGCGAGCGCGGGCAACUCAUUCCGGUUCGCCGACAGCGUGGAGGGGAGGGUGCCCAGUUUGGGUGUGUGCGUGCCGAGUUUGCAGAGCGACUUAGUGAGCACGGAAAGGAAAGGCGAAAGUGGCAUCGACAGUGAAAAGGGAAACCUGAGCAGGAACGACUGCGAAAGGGGCAGUCUGGGAAGAAGCAACUCUACGCUUAGAAAUGAUAGCUCUCACAGAAAUGAUGGCCCGCACAGAAAUGAUGGCCCUCACAGAAAUGAUGACCCUCACAGAAAUGAUGGUCCUCACAGAAAUGAUAGCUCUCACCGAAAUGAUGGUUCUCACAGAAAGGACGCCGUGCGGAGGAAUGGAGUGCGGAGCCAAUUCUCAUCCAGCUCAGCAAACCUGUUCCGAAGGAGAGAGGAAGAAGAAGACGAAAAAUUCCACCAAAUGGUCUACAAAAGAGACAUGUCCUUCCAGUUUGGAGGAGUGCACGAGAAGCUGAGUUCACUGAACAACAACACGACAAGGACGGGAAGCUACAUGAUCAGAUCCAUCAGCUCCAAUUUGAGGAAAAAAAAAUACAAACAGAAAGAUGGCCUAAAUGUAGAAUACGAAAAAAAAAAAGGAAGACAUCACAAAGGAAAAUCUAUUAACGUAUGAAUGCAGAUCGAGUUGGAAGGGGAAGGUAAUGGCAGUAAAGCAUUUAAUGCAAGAAGAAAUAUCUUGCUCGAAAAUGAACCGGGAAGGAAUAGUUUCCAGCACAGCCUUCAACACAAAAUUGAGCGACCAUUCCAACACAAGAUCGAGCGACCUUUCCAACACAAAAUUGAGCACCCUUUCGAGAAGAACAGUGAGCAUGAUCCGAAGGACAGUAAAAAGGCGAAUCAUUUUAACGAGAAUAAAAAAAACUCCACGUCUAAUUUGAAGUUCUUUUACAAAACAUACAUGCCUGAUUACGAGAAAAUUAUCGAGAAUGACAAGAAGGCGGAGACCUUCGACGUCCCUCCCUACUGUGAGUUGGCUCCCCUCAUUGUGCUGACGAAGAAUUGCCAGCUGUCCACCUUUGAGAAUAUCCUCACGCAGAUUCUGAACAAGUACUCCAAGGGUGGGAAGACGAAGGACAAAGGGCCCAAGGCGGGGCCCAGGCAAGCCUGA